AAAAAAAGAAGAAGAUUACUAAAAAUGAUCCUGAGAAGCGCGUCGUCACUGGACCUCAACCUACGCGCCGCCCAAAAAUCCUCAGCUCCACGUUGCUCAAACGGAGCUCGCGUUGCAACAACGGCUCGUCCCUUCUCCGCUUCUCACCGAGGAUGUAAGUCGAUGCCUAGAGCUUCUUCCGAUGGAAACCUCCACGAGAUGAGAAUUGCGGUUCAGAGCACAACCAAAACUUCAAGCGUCUACUACGACGACACGGCGUCUUCUAAGGUAUCAAGGCUCCACCAGGGAGGUUCUAACGGUGGAUUUGGCGGUAGAGGUGGAGAAGGUGGUGACGGUGGAGGUGGUGGUGGAGGUGGGAGCGUUGAUGGUUACUAUGAAGAGAUGAUACAACGUUAUCCUGGUGACGCUCUUCUUCUCGCUAACUACGCUCGUUUCCUCAAAGAGGUGAAGGGUGAUGAGAGAAAAGCAGAGGAGUAUUGUGAGAGAGCGAUGUUGUCUGAAGAUGGGAGAGAUGGUGAGAUGUUGUCUAUGUAUGGAGAUUUGAUAUGGAAGAAUCAUGGAGAUGGUGUUCGUGCUCAGUCUUACUUUGAUCAAGCUGUUCAAUCUUCUCCUGAUGACUGUCAUGUUCUUGCGUCAUAUGCUCGGUUUCUAUGGGAUACUGAAGAAGAAGAGGAAGAAGAGGAGGAAGAAAGUAAAUAUGAGAAUGGUUUCUCUACCUAUAACACAUCUGUGUCAGUUGUGUCCUGACCCUUGGUGCUGAUUUUAAACCGGUGUAAUAUAAUAAACAUUUAAGUCCGGUUUAAUCAUAAAAUAUCUUUUGCACAUUGAGGUAGACUGAUACUAAUGUGUUGGAAAAAUAGAACCAAGUAUCAAAACUCC